UGCCCCGGACCAUUACUAUUCACUCAGAUCUCAGACAUAAGAAGAUUGGGGUCUCAGCUUGCAGUUUUGUUGGCAGCCACAGUGACAUCUUUUGCACACGUUAUCAAAACUUUUGUUGGUCAAGAUGGCACCAUGCGCAACCAACGACACUGCCCAUUCAGGGUCCUCAUACAAGCCCAAGCACAUUGAGGAUAAGCUUUUCAUCGAUGGAGAGUUCGUGCCAUCUGUGUCCGGCAAGAAACUCGACGUGUACAACCCUACGACCGAGAAGCUAGCCGCAUCAGUGUACGAAGCCGGCGUCGAAGAUGUUGAUCUCGCUGUCAAGGCUGCGAAAGAAGCGUUCCCUGCGUGGUCUGCGCUAUCCGCCGCUGAGCGAAAUGGCUAUCUGAACAAACUUGCGGACGCUAUCGAGCGCAAUGGCGAAGAAAUUGCCUAUCUUGAGGCCAUUACCAUGGGCAAGCCAUCUGUUGAUGAUUUCUCGAUCAAAUUCUCCGUGCAGUUCCUGCGGUAUUUCGCAGGUAAAGCACUCGACGUAGCUGGGGAUUCGAGCAUCAACACAACGGGCAUGGUGACUCUUUCAUUACGACAGCCAUUCGGCGUCUGCGGUGCCAUUACGCCAUGGAAUGUGCCACUGCUCAUGCUGGUCAAUAAGCUUGGGCCAGCUCUCGCUACGGGCAAUACGCUGGUUGUCAAGUCUUCCGAGAAAUCGCCUCUUUCCUCCCUCGUCAUUGGUCGCCUGGCUCAAGAGAUUGGCUUACCGCGAGGUGUCCUCAAUAUUCUAUCUGGCUAUGGUCGACCCUGUGGCGAGGCAAUUGCGAAACACAUGGAUAUCCGGAAGAUCAGCUUCACGGGCAGUGUCAUCGCAGGACGCGCGGUCAAAAAGGCUGCCGCCGAGUCCAAUCUCAAGAAUGUCACGCUUGAGCUUGGCGGCAAGUCUCCGCUCAUCGUCUUUGAGGACGCCGAUCUCGCCAGAGCCGUUCCUGCGGCCACAUUCAGCAUCCUCGUGAACAGCGGGCAGUCCUGUGUCGCUACCUCGCGCGUCUAUGUACACGAGUCUAUCGCCACGAAGUUCAUUGAUGCUAUGAAGACAGCUAUGGUGGAGAUGUUACCAGCCGACGACCCGCUAAUAGCAGGCACGCGUCGUGGUCCGCAAGUCGAUAAGGCGCAGUUUGAUCGCGUUAUAUCCUACCUUGACUAUGCAAAGGAGAACAACAUCAGUAUCCCGGUAGGUGGUGGCCGGCAAGGGACAACCGGGUAUUUCGUCGAGCCUACCAUAUUCGAAAAUCCGCCUGAGGACUCCAGGGUAAUGAAGGAGGAGAUCUUUGGGCCGGUCUUGUGCGUCAAUACCUUUACUGACGAGGCGGGGGUGCUGAAGCGUGCAAAUGAUACCGAGUUCGGUCUGUACGCCAGUGUGUUCACAAAGGAUAUCAGCCGCGCAUUGAGAGUGGUGAAGGCGCUCGAGGCGGGAAGUGUGGGUGUUAACUGCUCCUCACCAAGUAUGGCUGUCGAUAUGCCAUUUGGUGGGUGGAAGCAGAGUGGUGAUGGGCGGGAGUUGUCCAAACAUUGUACUGACUAUUGGACGGAGUUGAAGAGCGUUUUCAUCGCGUUGUAGAGGUUGUUGGAGGCUUUGAAAUGCACAUAGGGGAAAAUGUCAUGGAAUUAGUGCUACAAU